UUUCCGUGAUGGCUAACGAUAGUUAGCUGACCGAGUCCAUUAGGUGCUGGGACACCGGGUCGUGGUUAUUUCCCUACAGCUGCGGACGCUCCUCUGGUGUACAAGAUCACAAAGUAAAUCAGAGCGGAGACUACAAGGAGAAAGUGGUUGUCGGAUUGAAGCUCCAUAACUGACCCUUCGAUCGUCCGUGGCUCUCGUCCUUUAAUCGACAGAAGCCACAGUGUGGAUCUUCAGCCCUCCUGGCAGGGCAGAAGCAGAGCCAUCAGGGAUCAGACCAGCAGGGCUCCAUGAGCACAGCGGGGCAGCAGCAAGGGGGAGGGCUGCGUUCUCGCCAAAGCCUUGUUCGGGACAAGGACCCUGGGCAAGACAUGGGCAUGGAGGCGGCCUGCUGGGUGUCUCCUGGAGUGCUGCGCAGGCUGAUCGAGCUUCCUUCCCCCCCUCUUUCUCGGCACCAGCUCAAGAGACUGGAGGAGCAUAGGUACAGCAGUGCUGGACGCUCGCUCCUGGAGCCUCUGAUGCAGCGGUUUUGGGAGUGGUUGGUUGGACAGGUCCCUUCCUGGAUUGCCCCCAACCUCAUCACCAUCAUCGGCCUGGCCACCAAUGUCUUCACCACCCUCGUGCUUGUGUAUUACUGCCCAACUGCCACUGAGCAGGCUCCUCUCUGGGCAUACCUAUUGUGUGCAGUGGGUCUGUUUAUCUACCAGUCAUUAGAUGCCAUUGAUGGGAAGCAGGCCAGACGCACCAAUAGCAGCUCUCCUCUGGGCGAACUGUUUGACCAUGGCUGCGAUUCUCUUUCUACAGUGUUUGUUGUACUGGGAACCAGUAUAGCAGUGCAGCUGGGCACCAACCCAGACUGGAUGUUUUUCUGCUGCUUCGCUGGGAUGUUUAUGUUCUACUGCGCCCACUGGCAGACGUAUGUGUCGGGAACGCUGCGCUUCGGCAUAUUUGACAUAACAGAGAUGCAGCUCUGUCUAGCAGGAUUACAGAUGCUCACAGCCACUGCUGGUCCCUCCCUGUGGAACGCGAUGAUUCCAGUCCUAAACAUCCAGAUGAAAAUGAUUCCCGCCAUCUGCACUUUAUUAGGAGCAAUCUUCUCUUGCACAAAUUACUUCAGAGUUAUUUUUACUGGAGGUGUUGGUAAAAAUGGAUCAACAAUAGCUGGAACCAGCGUCCUGUCUCCUGUCCUACAUAUUGGUUCAGUAAUAGUUUUGGCGAUGAUGAUAUACAAAAAGUCUGCCGUCCAGCUCUUCGAGAAACAUCCAUGUCUUUAUAUCCUAGCAUUUGGCUUCGUAUCAGCCAAAAUCACAAAUAAAUUAGUUGUAGCGCAUAUGACAAAAAGUGAGAUGAAUCUCCACGAUUUAGCCUUCCUGGGACCGGGAUUACUGUUUCUCGAUCAGUAUUUCAAUAGUUUUAUUGAUGAGUACCUGGUGCUCUGGAUUGCUCUGAUCAUUUCCUUGUUUGACCUGGUGCGCUACUGUGUCAGUGUUUGCAACCAGAUUGCCUGCCAUCUUCACAUUUUUGUUUUCAAAAUCAAGCCUUGCUUAGUCCCCAGUUCAACUAAUCACUGAAGGCACUCCAGCCAUUACUGACUCUGUUCCUUCUACUUAGUCGCACUCAUCUUCUCUUCCCUCAGUUUUCCUCCUGAAGAGGCAGGAGUCGAUGUGGUUUAAAAUAUGUGCUUCUGCCAACUGAAUGUGAGGACAAAUAAGAUAAUGGAAUAUUACUGUCACUUUUUUUUUUUUUCCACCAGUGCAGAACUGAGUUUCUGCCAGAUUCAUGGUUACAGAGAGCAGAUGUUUCAGAGGAGUACAGGUGCUACUCGGUGUGUCCAAGGAGAGAAACUUACAUGUGUUUUAACUGAAUAAGUGCAAGAAAAUGUACAAGGAACAAUUCAAGGUUUUUGCUUUUCAUGAUAAGGAUUUUUGUAAUAUUUGCCUAACUUUUGCUAUUGUAAAUAAGAAACCGUUAGUGUCUGUGCUUCUCUUAAGUUAAAAGUUGUACUCCGACACACACACACAUAUAUAUAUAUAUAUAUAUAUAUAUAUAUAUAUAUAUAUAUAUAUAUAUAUAAGUGUGUAUAUAUAUAUAUGUAAGUAUAUAUAUAUAUAUAUAUAUAUAUAAAAUAUAGCAAUUUUUAAAGUAACGUCAUCUUCUGCACAUGAAUCAAUACUGUGCUGCUAUUUUGUAUCAGCAAAAUAUGUUUUUGGAGGAAACAGCAGUAACCUUAUUUUAUUAUGUAAUAUAUCGGAGCGUCCUUUUUUUGUACUGCAAAAAUACUGCCAAACGUUUUCUCUUUACUUUUGUGCAUUCUGUUUGUUAUCUUUACAUUUAGUUUAUUUUAUUUUUUUUGGUUACAAAAAGCAUUUUACAAGUGGACGCAGUUUGAAUUUUUCAAUAAGAAACUAUUUUGAGUUGGAACACUGUUUAACGGUGUUUGUAGUGUAUGGUAUGGAUGAGAGGCCGGAGAAACUAUUAGUGGCCUUUGCGAUCUCAACAGUAAACUAAUACAAGUAAUUUCACACAUUUCUAGCUGUUUUUUGAGCAAAUUUAAAAUAGAACAACAUGUGUUUUGGUCCUGUUACAGUUCAUUUCACCGGAUGUCACUUUACCUCCCCUCCAAAAAAUCCCAUGAAAAGACCAAAUCAUACCUGCACAUCUCACUUUUAUCGCAUACUUUUGUUAAGAUGUUUGCACCUACUGAAUUUGUAACGGUGUGUGGUUCAUUAUUUUUGAUGAAUGUUUAUCUAUUUUAUCUAAAGCUGCUUGUUUUUCUGUUUUACGCUUUCUUGCUUAUUAAUGUUUUUGCUAAGAUUCAGAUGUAUUAAAAUAAGUUAAGGUUCAUGGUAAUGUAGAAACAAGUCACACAGUGCAACGAUGUAAGUGAAGUCCCACUAAGUCGUUACUUGACUUGAAAGUUUAACUCAUUAGAGCAUCCGAUGGGUUUCCUUGUUUUGUCUUCCUUUUAUUUAUUUCUUUUCAUGGGAUUUGGGGAUGAGAAAACCAAACACCCUCACCAGACUUAUGAAUACAGUGCAGCUGCUUACCUGAAUCACCCCUGUGAGCUGCGUUCAGUGUAGAUCUUAACGUUUCCCCCCUAAACACUUCUGCUGCAGCAGAACAGGUACACAUGUGAAUGAGUGCGCAGGAGAUGAGGUGAAAUAACAGGCACAUUGUUUUUUUUUUUUUUAUGUGAUGACUGACAAGAAUCUGAAUAAGUUUAAUAAAACCUUGUUUAUUCUGUGUGCAGCUGCUGCUGCUUGCUCACCUCAUACUGAUGAUGUGUUUGGAGAUUUCUGCUUCUGAGGAGGGUUCCCAAUGAUGUUCCAGAUUCAUGCAGACCAGAUAAUAGAUUCCUGCUUAUGCAUUUUGUGCCUGUUUAUAUUUAAGUUCCUUCUGUAGAAUCUCUUUCUAUGCCUCCACAGUUUUCUUUAUCAACAUAUGUAAUGCCAAGUAUUGAGACUCAGUGUGCAGUAUCUGUUUUGUUAUUUCUGGGUGGUGGUGGUUUUGAUUAUUCAGAUAUCUGAAUGUAUCUUUACAUAAUAGGCGUUAAAGGACUGGUUCACCCAGAUCACAUUUUUAGAAAGCAAUUAUUGGAAAAAUAUAAUAAUUUGGAAAGGGAAACUUUAAUUUGGAUGGAUGUUUAAUGUGUUUUGGCACCAUACAAAAAAUCACUUAAAUAUUUUUCUUGUCAUUUACCCCAAACCGCUGGUUUUUGACACAUGGUUAUUGUAAAUUUUGAAACGAUACAACUUGAAAUAAAAUUGUUGGAAUUUUGCAGAGAGUAACAUUUUAGAACUAUGAGGAGUAAAUUUGUUUUUAAUAAAAGGACAUGUUGAAGUUUUUGUUAGAUUUGUGUACGAUGCCAGAAGAAUAAUAUAGUAAUGAAUUAGAAGGGAAAUGACAUCGACUAAGUCAAAUAUUUUAAGAUUAUGGUCCCCAAACCGCCCUAUUAUAAAUCAGGUAAUAAAAGAAAUGUUUUAUAUGUCAAAAACACUUACUCUAUGUUUAGCAAUUAUAAUUUCCCAAACUUUCUUUUACUCCAAACUAAGUCCCAUUUUGUCUAGAAGACUUGAACCUUAUGUUACACUCUGGAGGGAUUUGGGUCAUCUGGGUCAUCAAAACAAUACAGCUGAAGGUUCCACUUGGCAGAUUAGGUCUAAAAUACAACAUUUAAGAAAAGUCAGUCACAGAAUGUCAUUUUUCUGUCUUUCUUGUUUUCAUUGCUCUAGAACAAAAUUAGGAUUGAACUGAUUGAACUAAAUCUGCAUGUUGUUGUAUUCCACUGUACAGUUUGUAUCUGGAGAGGCUUUGUAUAACUUCUACCUGAAAACUCAGCCGAACAACCUUUCAUAACAAAUCUGUGAGGCACACCAUCAUCGCUGCAGCUUGUGUGCUUAUAGUUCCUGGCGUCAGGUCCACUCUCAUCUGUGAAAUGGAAAAAAAAAUGCCUUAAUGAACUCAUUUGUUUUUUAUUACCUUGUACAAAAUGAAGCCUUUUUUGAAGAGCACGUUGUCACCGUGUGUUCAUGCUCUCGGAGGCUUGUGGAAAAGUUUGUCUUCUGUUGGCCAGAAUGCAAAGCUCAGGUAUUUCACCAGUGUGCACCACAGUGUGUUGGAUCACCUGACAAUCUCUGCUUCAUCUAACAAUGCAAAUAAAUUUCAUACUCCCACAUGAAAA